CACUGGAUUUGAGUUUGUUUCAGUGGGAGCUACAGUCAGGUGGGACAGACCCGUGAGUUGUGAUUGAGCAGCAUUGACUUCUGUCUCUUGAGGGGACACGGGACACAGACGCAAACAUGAACGUGCUGGCGAGGUGCGUUCUUCAGGGAACCACCCGAGCGUUUUAUUGGAGACAUGGAGAAACCAGUAAAGAGCUGGUUUGUAGGUCUGCAGCCGCUCUGCUGUUCGGACUCAGGAGCAAAUCAAGUUUGCCAGAUGUCAGGGAGCAGACCCUCAUCGCUGUGAAGCCCGAUGGAGUCCACCGACGUCUUGUAGGACAAAUAAUGCAGCGGUUUGAGCAGCGAGGCUUCAAGCUGGUUGGUCUGAAGAUGUUACAGGUGUCUGAGGAUCUCCUUGCUCAGCACUACUGUCACCUGAGGACAAAGCCCUUCUACCCCAGUCUGCAGGAUUACAUGACCUCAGGGCCCGUGGUCGCAAUGGUGUGGGAAGGGCACAAUGUCAUCCAGACCUCACGCAUCAUGGUGGGACACACUAACCCAGCGGAGGCCCAGGCCGGCACAGUCAGAGGAGACUUCAGCAUUCAUGUCAGCAGGAACGUGGUCCAUGCCAGUGACUCCCGGGAGGGGGCUGAGAGGGAGAUCCAGCUGUGGUUUCAAGGUGAAGAGCUUCUGAACUGGGAAAGCUGUGACCAGACCUUCACCUGUGAGCCGUGAAGACAGAGCUGACAGCAAAGAGAAUCACCCGUGGUACCUCAAAACAGUUCAGUGUUCCUGCCCAAAAAAAUAAAUGCACUAACUAUAGUAACAAAGAUUUUAUUAUAUAAAAUAGAUGAGUUUUUACUAAUAACUUUCAAAUUCCAGCUAUGGACUCAGCUUUAAUAUAUAUUUAUAUAAAACAAUUAUAUGAGACUCGCUGUGGAGGAAUAGUGAGUAAAUUGUAAUAUCCUUUGUAUUAUUAUUUAACAAAUGAUAUCUGAUACGUUUGUGUUUAGGGUAUUAAAUAGAGGAGUAAUAAGUGUAAUUAUAAAGAGCAAUUUAUUGAUCUUGAGAAGAAUAUGAAUAAUCAGGUGAACAGCAGAUUGUAAACCAAUGUCAGGAAUCGUGUGUUUACACUGGAACAGUUAACCUCAGGUGAAUGUUAUUGGUUGAGAUGUACUCACACACACACACCGACACACACAGAGCCUACAUCUGCAGUGUCACUUUUUAAAAUCCCUUUAAAGGGCUGAAAAAUUACUUUAGCUUUCAUUUUGCACUGUCUCACUGUCAUCUGUGAAAUAAAUAAUUCAUAAUAGAAUUCUUCACAUACAUUUUUAUCAUAUAUUUUAAUCAUAGAAAACACAGCUGUUAUACAAAAAUAUAUAUAUUGUUUAAGCUGCCACAUCCACAGCAACGUAUCCCUUAUAUCCCUCGUAUACAUGCUGAUCAGAUGUGUACCACAAGGCAACAUUUUUAAUCUCAUAGAUUGAAAUUGUGUUUUAAUGACAAACAAUAAUUUAAGUGUAUUUGUCUGCAGCAAGAAACAUUGUCUCAAUGCAGGUUGACGUUAAUGCAAUAAAAACUAUGAUUCACUCAA